UGAUGAUGAUGAUGAUGAUGAUGGUCCUGCCCUUCUCCCGCCCUCUCCACACAGCAAAAAGAGGAACAAACGCUUUGAGCCCUCCUGGGAUAACACAUUUGAGGCUGGGGGUGAAGGGGCUGCCCGGGCAGGGGGCGGCCCCCCACCCCCGCCCCGCCCCGGGGCUGUCGCCCCCGGCCCUGCCCCAUAAAGCGGCGGAGGAGCAGCCCCCGUGCUCCCCGCCCGGCUCCCGGUGCCCCGGCCCGUUCCCCGUUCCCGGUUCCACCCCUCGCUCCCGGCGCAUCCCGAGGAUGCUGCGCCGCCGCGGAGCCUUCGCGGUGCGGCCGCUCCGUGGUGACCUCGAUGGUCCCUGGGAGUCGGCCGAGAGCUGCAUCGUGCGCACCUCCGCCAGCGUCUACCGCCGGCUGCAGGAGAGCCCGCGGCAGCCCCCGCGGAGAAUGAGCACCCGGGGACCCUCCCCGCCGCCACCGCAGCCCCCCAGCAGCCCCCCGGCCGGCGGGAGGCUCCUCAAGUCCGAGUCCGAGGAUUCCGGCGUGGAGAUGGCCAGCAACGAGCACUCGCCCUCCACCCCGCUGGGCUCCGAGAGCCGCUUCUCCCUGGAUGGUUUCCCGGCAGAGAAGCCCCCCGGAGAGGAGCCCCCCCGGAGCCGCUCGGGCAGCAGGAGGCUGCUGCAGGCGGCGCAGCGGAGCAGGAGGCAGCGCUGCCCGCGGCAGCUCGGCCGGCGCAGCGCCAGCGCCGCCGACCUGGCCGAGCCCCCGCGGGACGCCGAGGAGACCGAGGGGGCGGCGGAGGCCGCGGCGGGGGCGGCUCGGCCGCCUCGGGACCCCCGGGCCGUGCCCGAGGCCGCGGUGUCGGGGCAGGGGCUGCGCUACCUGGAGCACGUGUGCCAGAUGCUGGAGCGCCUGGCGCGGCUGCAGCAGGACAACCGCGCCCUCCGGCAGCAGGCGGCCGGAGCCCGCUGCGCCCGCCCGGCCACCCUGCCCAGCCGGCAGCCCCCGAGGCAGGAUUUGGGCACCUGGAGGGGUGAGGGGUUCCGGCCGCGCUCCUGCUCCGACAGCCAGGCGCCAGCAGCCGAGCCCGGGUCGUGCCGGAGGUUGUGGGGACACUCGGUCAGCUCCCCCAGCCUGCUGGACCCCGCCGAGGGCGGGGCGGGGGUCCCGGCACCGGACAAGGUACGGCCGGGGGGGUCGGGGAGCGGCAGGGGGGUCCCUCGGGUGUCCCCGCUGACCCCCCCUCUCCCCAGGACGGGCGCUCGCACUGGGGCCGGGUGAAGGUGCUGCUCACCCGCCUGACCCGCCGCUCCCUGCGCGGCGGCCGGUGCAGGUAGGCCGGCGGGUCCCGCUCCCACCGCCACACCUGGACGGAGGAACUGCGUCACACCUCACCCUAUGACGUCACGCCGGCGCGGGGCCGGUCCCCGGCCUGGCGCACCCCCUUCACCUUUUUUUCCCCCAAUAAAGUCUUUUCACCGAUAAAGAGGCGGCUCUCAGCGAGGUGCUUGCUGUCGCGCCGUGACGUCACGCCCCUAAACCCGGCGUGACGUCACGCAAGGGCGCGUCACUGCCGCAUCACUUCCGAGGGCUUUCCCGCCCCUUUUGUCCCACCGGGCCCGGACCCAGGGACGGCCCAAGCGGCUCCCGAGCCCCCUCCCCGCUCAGCCCCGGCCGGCUCCGGAGGGGUCCCGCUGCCUGGGGCUGGGGGUGAAGCUCGUCCUUCCCCCGAACCCCGAAGCCUCCCCCCGGAACCCCCCGGCUGCUCCGCGGGGCUUGCUGAGGAAGGGGCGCCGGGGGUCCCCGCCGGGGCGGGAUGAUGCUCCCGGGAGCAUCGCGGCUUUCUCGGGGGGCCUCCCCAGUUCGGGGGGUGGAGGAGGAGGGUGAGGAAGGGGAUUCGAGGCUGUUUUGGCGCUGCUGGAGCCCCUCCUGGUGUCGCCAGCUCUGCGCGGGACGGGCCGGUGCCGCGGGAGAGGAAGAUGCUGCCCCGAGGCGCGGCCAGGCGCUCUCCCAUCAGGGCCCAGGUGAGGAGGAGGAAGGAGGUCUGAGCCCCUCUGUCCCACCCCAGCCCCCCUGAAUCACCUGGAACAAGGGGAAGCUCCCGAGCAUCUGCCAAGGAAAAUCCAGGUGUGGAUCCAGAUGUGUGCUGGUGUUGGCAGGCCUGGAGAGGGUUAAUUCCUCCUAUUUAUGAGGAGAAUCCUCGGGAUUGGUGGUGGGCUGGCAUCUGCUAAAGCUGUCCUGGGGGACUGGGGAGGAAGGGGGACAGCUGGGAUUGCUGCAGCCACUGGGCUAACCCGGAACUCCUGAUGGAGGGAAAAAGGAGGAAGAUUUGCUCGGCAGCAGGGAACGCUCUCUGUGCUGGCACGGCCCCAGUGCCACUCACGGAUCCUCCUGGGACGCUGCUGCCCUUCCCUCUGCUCCUGGAGCGCUGAUGAACCUCACCCAGGGGUGCCUCAGCCACCGAGGCUGAGCACGUUCCUCAUCAUAGAGUGAGUUUUCCCUUCCUGCCAGCUCUCCCUAUUAAUGCCGGGAUCUUGUGGGUGGUGCAAAACCCGGCAAUUAUCCACUUUUUACUAUAAAAGAUGGAAUUCUCCUCCCCAACCGCUGCGGAGAGUAGGCAGAGUGAAUCCCUGGGAACGCCUGGGUUUGAGUUUCCAUGGGUGACAUCCCUCUCCCGAGUGCUGGGAGGGCAGGAGCUGGUGGCACAGAGCAGGAGCUGGGAUUUGUGGAUGCUCGGAGUGCAGGACAGGAGGGAUGCUGGGGAGGUCUGCCUGUGCCACACAGCGUGACAGUGAUGUAGGCAAAGCCACCAGGUGGGUUCAGGUGAGCCCAGGUGGGCUUGAAUCUGGCCAGGAAUCAACACCUCCAGGCCACAGAGGGGUCUUGGCCCAUUUGGGAGCCACACUGAGGUCUGCAGGGCUCAGAUCCCGUGGGGGAGCGUGUCCCUUGCUCGGGCUCACGGGCUCCAUGCGUGGCAGUUAAAUAUAUAUAUAAAUAUCUGUAUUCUGUAUAUUUAGCAUCCCUGCUCUGGGUAACCGUGGCAACUGGGUUUAUUUUGCUUAAACCUGGCCUGGCAUGUGAUGUGGUUGGGAAGGAACAGCCGAGGGGAGAGGGAGGGAUGAAGUUCUCCAUGCUGGGAGCUGGGGAGGAGCCUUGGCACGGGAUGCUCUUGGGGGGACUCCACUGUGUCCCUGCACUGGGGACAGCCACCAGCAUUCCCACGGCUCUGUUCCAUCCCCUUUGCUCCAGCUGGGAAGGGAAGGUUUGGUUUUCAGGGGUUCCAUCCCCGUUUUCUGCUGGCCUUCCCAGGACACCCCUGAGCUCCGUGCCCUGUCCCGUGCAGGUUUGCCAAACCCAGGUCCUGGCAGGAAGAGGAAGAUGGUUUCCCUGGUGUCUGGAGCCAUGUGCCCUCACCUGGAGCCUCUUGCCACCCCAAGGCAGAGAAGGGACCUUUGUCAUGUCCACCAGAACCUCUCCAGGGUGGCUUCCAACCCCUAUCCCAUGAACAUCUGCUCACCCCAGGGCACCGCAGCAGCCUGUCCUUAUCCUUCACGGCUCCAGCUCAGGCCCGAAUGUCCUCGGCUGUACUGGAAAACUCCGUUCCUCGUGCUCUGGGGCCUUUUCCUUCCCGCGCCGCCACGGGGGGAAUGGAUGCUCGAUCCCAGCUCUCCCUCCCAGGGACACCCCGAGUCCCCCGCGUCCCCUGCAGUGGCGGCCGGGCGGCGGCAGAGGGCGACAGCGGCCCGGCGGUGACGGCGACAGCGACCCGGCCCCGGCGGUGACAGCGACACCGACCCGGCCCCGGCGGUGACAGCGACACCGACCCGGCCCCGGCGCUGGCACCGACCCGGCCCCGGCGGCGACAGCGACACCGACCCGGACCCGGCCCCGGUGGUGACAGCGACCCGGCCCCGGCCGCGCUGCGCUGCCAAAAACUUUAUUGGGGACAAGCCACGGAGUCCCCGCGGCCCUUCCCACACACCGAGGAGGGGCUGAAGCCCCCAGUUUUCCAUAGGUUUGCUCCUGGCUGGGAUUCUCCCUUAGGGAUGUCCCCAUCUGUCCCUGCUCUGGCGCCCCCUGUCCCCACCCUGCACUCCCCAGCUCUGGGGUACAGGCUCUCUGUACCACUGCUGGGAAAAGGGGCACGGAUGCUCGCCAUGAGAAGCAUCACCCUCUCCCCGUACCUCAAAAACGGGAUUUGAGAUUUCACCCUCCCCUGAGGGGACCACUGGGCUACUAAGGCACAAAAUGAGGGGAAGGAGUCGGGGUCUCACCCUCUGGGCUCUGGGGGUGCUAAGAGAGGCUGGAACCUGGGAAAAUCCAGCACCCCACAUCCCACUCCCCAUCUUCAGCCAGGCAGGAUCGCUCCCUUUCCUGCUCCUCCACACCCCAAAAUUGAAGGCAAAACUCAUUCAGGGACUGACGAAGACGAUGCAGACCCUGGCAGGAGCCCCGGGGUGGCGGGAGCAGCUCCAGCCCCACAAGACCAUCCCUGGGAGGGGGGCUGGGGCGAAAGGGGGGGAUCCCCAUCCCCUCCCCCUGCCCGGCCUGGCCUCAGUCGUCGGCCACGAUGGAGAGCGCGCGGAGCUCGCUGAGCUUGGCGUCGUUCUCCCGCUCGCGCUGCUCGUCGCUCAGCCCGGGCCGGUCGAUCUGCGCCGUCAGGUCCCCAAAAAUCUUGUGCAUCUCCGUGUAGUAGACAACCUGUUGGAUGAAGGGGGGUUGGGGAGGGAGGGGAAUGGGGGUCUCCUCCCCGGCCCAGCCCCCGCGGGUGCCCUCGGCAGCCCCUCGCCGCGGCGUUGGUGUCUGAAAUAGCUGCCUCCCACGCGGCCGCGCCGCCCCCUCGGAUUAUUACAACUCAACACAUUUUAAUAA